UUUGGAUUUUAUGGAAAACAAGAUAACAAGUUAAGUACAACAGAAUUAAAUAAAAAUAUACAUAAAGCUUUAGCUGAACUAGAAGAAUUUAAUAAAAAGAUUGAUAAAGAUAUUGUUAAUAGUAUUAGUACAAAUAAGGGUGAAU